AUGACGAAAACAUGGCGGAGGAGUUGGGUGUGCUCAAGUCUGUUCCUGGUGUUGAUUCUUGUGCCCUCUCGCUCCUUCAGUUGGGUCAACCACGAGACGAACACCUGCCGCCAAGCAAACCCUCGCGCUACUGUGGCUCCAGCCUUGCUGAAGUUGAGGGGGGGUAAAGGGAGAAAGAAAAGAGGAGCAUCCAGUAGCGAAGAUAAGGAGUCCAGCGACGGGUGGGCCUCAGGGGAAGACAGCCCUUCCACGUCAGAGGAAGAGAAGAAGAAACAGGCUGAGCCCCGGGGCAUCCCUCGAAGACGAGGUGAUCGCCGCUCUGACUCCUCGGAUGUGGGCAAGGCAUCGAGCGACAGUGGGAGCUCGUGGGAGGAGGGAUCCGAGCGAUCUGAGAAGUCAUCGCAGUCUACACUGAGUGAAGAUGGAGUCUCUACUACUCAGCGCUGCACUGACUCUAUUCAUCCGAAGCUCCCCGAAGAUGUCAUGGAAAGGAUAACGUGGAGAGGCCAAGAAAUCGACCCUGAGGAUGAGUACAUCGACUUCUUCAAGUACCGGGUCAAGUGGUGCCCGGACAAGUUAGACGCCCUUUCUCUCAACCAAUCCUCACUUAGCGUGUAUUGUUGCAGAAAGUUCUUGCGUCGACAAGAGCAACACCGCAAGCUUCAGCCGUGGAUGUCGCAUGCCACUAAAGAGGGUUGCCUGCGGCUGCUUGAGCAAGUUUUUAAAAGAUACACGGACGGAAAGGACGAGAAUGGGAGGUUUGACCUGCCUAAAGGUCCAGACCUCAAGAGCCGUCCAGACCUCCGAGCUGACUUCAAACUGUUAACUGAAAGGAACACCUGGGACCCCAAGAAUCGUUACAAGUCUCUCGGAUGGGAAAAGAAGGGAACUACCACCAAGUCACCGACCAAACUCGAGUACCCAAAAUACUUCGCGGAGGGAUACUAUGCGAUCGAUCCCAAGCAUCCUUGGGAAAAUCUUCCGAAGCAUCUUCGCUUCAAAUCGUUGACAGAACAGAUCAUGGCGGACGACCGGAUCCGGCGGAAGAUCAAAGAACGCUUUCACAGGCAGCAGAAGUUAGCAGCGGAAGAGAAGAAGCUCAAGGGCCUCACUGAAAAACCGACAAGACCUCCACGACCCCCACGACCUGUCCGCACAUCCCAUACACUUCCAGCGCCUGACUUGAACAUGAAGGCCACUGGUCGGAGCAUCAUGAUCCAGAAAAGCUUGAAGAAAAUCAGAGCAGUGCAGAGGGAAGGAUACGACGGAGAAGGUCCAGACCCCCUCGCCGAUAGGGAGCUGCCCAAAAUGCCGUCCAUGGGAGGCACAGGUAGCCCGGGGGCUUUCGAGGUGACUCUGCUCACCCCUCAUACUCCAGGCAAGCCCCCGACGGAGGAGGAGAUUCGAGAGGAGAGGAUGCAGCGGUUAGAAACGUCUGUUGUUGAAGCGCGCCACUGGGAAACGAGAUGGAGGGCCGCCAUCAAGGAGGAGAUAAACUUCAACCAACUGAGUCUCAGGACCGUAUGGCUAGUGGUCAGCCACAAAGUUGGCAAAUCAACUUGGCAAGACAAGUCCGAUCACUACAGUACCCAUCUUACUACUCAGUAG